AUGGACACCUGGUGGCUCUUUACCCGAAAGUACAGCCACGAAAUCACCCUGACCGUCGACCAUUCCUACACGGGCAGUAUGAAGUACUCGUCGAAAGAUUUCAACACCCACUGUCAUGACGAUGGAAUUUGGUGUGCGACCCAUGGCGGUCCUAAGAGCCAAGAGAUGGCGAUUUGGUACAAGGGGCACAACUUUCAGUUCCCAACUAUGACAAUUGGUUGCUACGUCGAAGGAUUUAACACAUGCCACGACUCAGUCACUGCCGCCGGAUGGGAGAACGGUGACCUGUGCCUAGAAAUGACCCUAUUGAGGUAUCCUGUCCGGUCUACAUGGUGGCUUUUCACCAGAGAGUACAUCCACUACGUCGACUUGGAGGUCUGGGAAAUCUACCAGGGCAAAAUGAAGUACCAGUCAAAAGACUUCAACACCCACUGCCAUGAGGAUGGAAUCUGGUGUGUCACUCAUGGUGAUCCCAUGAGCCCGGAAGUGACGAUCUGGUACAAAGGAUACAACUAUCAACACAAUACCGUGUCAGAAGGCUGCUGGCCCGGCGACCAGGAUACCUGUGACCAGUAUAAUGAUAUUGUCAAACGCUCGAGGGCAUAG